GUAAAAGUUCACCCUGUUUCUGUGAAUAUCUGCAAAAUGAGCACAUAUUACUGAAUAGUCAGGAAAUAAAAGUACACAUGCAUGAAUCGGAGCCAAAGAUAAUUGAUCCAGACUCCGCAGCUAGAAUUAUCCAGAGUUCAUGGUUUUCUUACAGAAAUAAACAGUUAUUUCGCCUACUCAAGCACACGAUCUGUGCCGCAGAACAUUGUCUGACAACUGACAUUCUAAGGAAGCUACAACCCUCUGAGGCUGAGCUCCUGAAGGAUACCAAGAUGGCAUAUAAAGUUAGGUUCAGAUUUGCUGGAGAAGAAUUUCCUCCUAUUCUUGUGUUUAAAAUUUUUCAACAUGCUGGGAACUACAAGAAUCAAUAUUUAAGCGGAAAAAGAAUAAUCAAGCCUGCAACUGAGGCAGCAGCUGCUUCUUGCAAGAUCAUGGGAAGAAGGAAAUUCUAUGAUCUUAUCAUACAGGAUAACCUUCAGUAUCAAAGAACGAAAGUAGCAGAUGAAGUUGAUGUUGUUACAGCCAAAGAUUACAUGCAGUAUACAAGUAACCUAGAUGAGACUCCAGCCUAUCUUGGAGGCAGAGACAACUACUGGAGGAUGUUGACCCUGACCAACCUGCCCAGAACAACAAUAAUGUAUGACAUUGUAGACUAUGCUCAGAGCAGAACUUUAUCACAACGUUUGAAGGAGGAAUUGCCAAUUCUGCUCUCCAAACCAAUUACUGAAAAAAUUCAGCUUCAACAUAUUAGAACCAUCUCUCAGACCAGGUCAGCUUCUCCAGUCACGGACACCCCUCCACGUCGAGCCUCAAAAUUGUUAAAAGCAGGAAAGGAGUCACAACGUCGUUCUUACAGAGCAAGAGUGAAAGUUUCCAAAAUGAGAAAGAUUUAUGGUUUGGAUAAAAACAAAGAGGAAGAACCAGAUAAACCAACUCACCACAGUCCUACACAAGAUGACUUCCAGUUUUACACAAGCUCUGAUCAAGAAGAAAAAGAUGAAGUUACACACUUAACUUCAGAGGAAGAAUGGGAGCAUGAAGUGGAUAAACUCUAUGCUUGGACACAGAAACUCUCGCUUGAUUUAUGUGGGACCCCUUUCCCUGACUAAAACAAGACUGUAUUAGAAAGGGUAGAUCAACUGCAACGGACAUUAGUUUAUGCCCCGUCAAAAAAAAUGCCAAUUUUUAACAAAACAGAAGAAUGUUAAGGUCUUGUUGCCUUUCACUUGACCAAUACUGUGCAUAAUUUACAUUGUGUACCUUUGAUAUAAAAUUGAUCUUUAAUGUAAAUGUUGCAUGCAUGAGAUCAUGGCAUUUUUAUAUACUGUAUUCUGAGAAGGUGCAAUUAACAUCCUUCUGACAUUUACCUUUUGAAUACCUUUUGCUGCGCAUCAUGUGCGUGUAUAUUAGCCCUCUCUGAUACAUUUCCAGCUGGCCAUAUUGUAUGCAUGAAGUCAAUUAAUGUGGGUCAUUUGUUUUAUAUAUGUAAAACAAUCUUCUACCUUAUUCCUAUAAGUUACAGCUUAAGCAGCUAUAGUUCACUUCACCUUUGGAUGUUACAUUGCAUUUUGUGGACAAUCAAUUACUUUUGAAAUCUAAUGAAGGUAGAAAGCAGUCAAAUUGGACACAGGAAGUUCCCACAAGCAGCACUGAGAUCAUCUUUCUAUACAUCCA